AUGGCCAUUUCAUAUAUCAUAUACAAGAUCGUGUACAGGCUUUGUUUCCAUCCACUGUCAAAGUAUCCAGGCCCCUGGCUAGCGGCCAUUACCAAUUGGUAUGCUGCCUUCUAUGUCUGGAGAGGCGAUUCCCAUCUCGUCAUCCGGGAUGGGCACCGACAAUACGGUGACAUCGUUAGAUUUGGCCCGGACUCCAUAUCCGUCAUCACGCAUACUGGAAUGGCUGCGAUCUAUUCGACGACGGCGAAUGUUCGGAAGGACGAUGCGUAUCUGGUCAUGAGCGCGAGUCUCCAUGCUCCCAAUACUAUCAGCAGCAUUGACAAGAAGUCUCAUGCUUUCAAGAAGAGAAUUUUAGCUCAGGUUUUCACCAACUCAGCGUUGAGGGGAGUGGAGGAUCGGAUCUUGCUCCACACGAAGAAAUUCUGCGAUAUGCUUCUUGGUCUCUCACGUUUGGUUUCUUCAUUCCAGUCUGACGAACUUCUGCAGUGCUUUGUUCAAUCGAAAUUGUGGCGCUAUAAGCUGGAUCGCAUCUUCUUUGCAAGCCUUCUCUCCCCAAUCAAGACAUUCGGGGCUUGGAUCAGACAGCAAGCGAAAGCUCGCACCAAAUUGGGGAAUAACAUCUCCCAAAAAGAUUGUUUCCACUAUAUGCUCAAUGCCAAAGACCCCAAGACCGGUCAGCCAUUCACCGAGAGAGAAUUAUGGACGGAAUCCUUGCAAUUGAUCGUUGCCGGAUCUGACACCAUUGCCGUCGCAAUGAGUGCUGCCAUCUUCCACCUCGUCCACAACCAGGAAGCAUUGAGCAAGCUUACCGAAGAACUCCGCUCUUGCUUCAACGAAGAAGACGACAUCCGUAUGGGAACCCAACUCAAUUCAUGCACCUUCCUGCGGGCAUGUAUCACCGAAACUCUUCGUCUGUCGCCUCCAUUCGCGGGUAUGCCCACACGUCGUGUGCUGCCAGGCGGUAUCAAUGUUGAUGGUCACCACCUUCCCGAGGGAACAGUAGUCGGGACACCGAUCUAUGCGAUACACCAUGACCGGCGGUAUUAUCCUCGUCCAUUUAAAUUCGAGCCCGAGCGGUGGCUAGAGACAGGUUGUAACGAGAGCUCGGAGCGCCAGCGGGAACUGAAGCUUGCGCAAGUCGCGUUUUGCCCGUUCAGUAUUGGGCCGAGGACGUGUGUGGCCAAGAAUAUGGCUUGGGUGGAGUUGUCUUUGAUUAUUGCGCGAACGAUCUUUCGGUAUGAUAUGCGUCUCCCUGGCGAUCAUCUCAGUCUCAAUCCGGUGUGUUGCGCUGAUCGGAGGGGUUUUGUCGAGAGGAGUCCGGAAUAUCAGCUGAAGGCUUGGAUUGCGUCGGGGCGCGGAGGGCCUUCGGUUCAAUUUCGACCUCGGGAGAAGUCUGUAUACUGA